UGUCAUGGGACUGAGCUGAGUUUGUGUUGUCGAAGAAGGAGGAAGGGAGAGACAGGAGAGGGGGGAUCGGCAAUAGAACAGAGCUACUGAGAGAGCUUUCUGGGGGGAAUCCAAUAUGGCAUCGGGCGAUACGCUCUACAUUGAAACAGAUGGCACAGAAAUGCCAGCCGAGAUAGUGGAACUCCACGAAAUAGAAGUGGAGACUAUUGAAACAACGGUGGUCGGGGGUGACGAUGACGACGAGCACCAGCCCAUGAUCGCCUUACAGCCGCUGGUCACUGACGAUCCGAAUCAUAUUCACCAUCACCAAGAGGUGAUCUUGGUCCAGACCAGGGAAGAGGUGGUCGGCGGGGAUGAUUCGGACCUCCGUGCAGAUGACGGGUAUGAGGACCAAAUCCUCAUACCUGUCCCAGUGCCUGCAGCAGAGGAGGAAUAUAUCGAGCAGACUUUGGUGACUGUAGCCGGGAAGAGCUCAAUGGGACGAAUGAAGAAAGGGGGAGGCGGUAGUGGAAAGAAAGCGGGUAAAAAAAGCUACCUGAGUGCAGCAGAGGCAAGCGGUAGAAAAUGGGAACAAAAACAGGUGCAAAUAAAGACACUGGAAGGAGAGUUUUCGGUUACGAUGUGGGCUUCGGAUGACAAGAAGGACAUCGACCAUGAGACGGUGGUGGAAGAGCAGAUCAUCGGGGAGAACUCCCCUCCGGAUUAUUCAGAGUACAUGACUGGGAAGAAGCUGCCUCCAGGGGGAAUCCCAGGCAUCGACCUCUCGGACCCCAAACAGCUGGCGGAGUUUGCAAGAAUGAAGCCACGGAAGAUUAAGGAGGACGACGCCCCACGGACGAUAGCCUGCCCUCACAAAGGAUGCACAAAGAUGUUCAGGGACAACUCGGCGAUGAGGAAGCAUCUGCACACUCACGGCCCACGCGUUCACGUCUGCGCAGAGUGUGGGAAGGCUUUCGUGGAAAGCUCCAAACUGAAGCGGCACCAGCUUGUUCACACCGGAGAGAAACCCUUCCAGUGUACGUUUGAGGGCUGUGGAAAGCGGUUCUCCUUGGACUUUAACUUGCGCACACACGUGCGGAUUCACACUGGAGACCGGCCCUAUGUCUGCCCCUUCGACGGCUGCAAUAAGAAGUUUGCCCAGUCCACCAAUCUGAAGUCUCACAUCUUAACGCAUGCUAAAGCCAAAAACAACCAGUGAACUGCGAGAGAACCCUCCCUCUCAAUUCUCGACACAACAGCAUCUUAACAAAUGCUCAAAAAGAAAUAUGAAAUCCCUUUGUAUAUUGUUUCUAGAAAAAGUUUUAAAGGAAAAUGACCAUACAGACUUUUUGAUAAGUAUGGAGAUGAGAAAAGAAGAAAAGGAACUGACGGUGAAGCCAUUUCUCCUUCACCCUUCCACCGCGUCUCGUCCCUGACGGAAGAACCCACCAGCUAUAUAAUGUUGUGCUUCUUGAAGACAAAACUCAAAACUUUCCAUCUUGGGACAAUUCUUUGUACAACAGAGCUUAAAGGAAAAAAUGGUCCGGGUUUUUCAGUCAGGAAUGGUUUUCACUCCUCUGCAUAGAAAAUUAUUGCUUUUUAAUUUUGUAUUCUUUUUUCUCCAAGUGUGCAUAUUGUACACUUAUUUUGGGAUAUGCUUAGUGAUGCUAUGUGUGUUUUUUUUCCCCCUGAAGAUUGAAAUCUGCUUGUGAUGGUUAUUGGAAGAGAGUUGGCCAUUACUGUACUACAUGCAUACUUUUGAAAGUGUUUUCAUUUGUUUUGUUUACUUUGGGUGUAUCCUUUACUCAUUUUGUAUAAUUGUAACGUACAGCUGUAUUGAGAUCAUGUAGACACUUAAUAGCGAUGUGAUUAGAUAAUGUUAACUGAUUAAAAUCCCAUUUUAGUCGUGACACUUUUUUUAUUUUGCCUGAAAAUAUUUUCCUGAUGCAAAAUAAGAAAAGUGUGUGAUGUUCUUCACUUGCAAGGCCUAUCUUAGUUUCGUUGCACAAAACUUACACAACCGACUUAAAGUGGUGCUCAGUUGCAUUGUUAGAAUGUAUUGUGCAGACAGCAUUAACCCUUGUUAAUUUGUACAUCCUGUGUACUUCAGUGGCCAAUAAUAAAACUGGUCUCAAAGCAAGUGCUUAUUAGAAGUUUGUUUUAGACACUUAUUUUAAAGCUAUCCCAGAUACCAGGUCAAAAUGCACACACACAUAUUAGGACAUUAAGCCUCCCUUACUGUGGUGAUUGUUGCCCUAGCUUUCACAAUGUAUUGGUUAAUGAAAAGGGACUGUUCCAUUGUUACAAAAAUAAAAUAAAAAUGGCUGACAGAAAUGGCAUGGAAUAUGGAGGAUUUAAUGAACGCCGGAGCUGUUUUCAUGGUGCGAAUACCUGUGUGAAAAUGUCUUCGAUUCACCGUAAUCUUUGAUUGGGUUCAACCAUGUUUCUGGAAGGUUGUAACCUAGGGGCAUUUUCCUACACUUUUUAAACCAUGUAUAAAUAGAACCAAGCUUGUGUCUGUGGUAACGGGUGACUCCUGUGCAGUGAUUAUUUUGGAGUGUUUUUGGGGUGGGGCUACUUGUUGUUUUUGUCACAUCUAAUUGACUAGACCAGGGCUGUUCAAUGUGGUUCCUUGAGAUCUAUUAUCCUGUAGGUUUCUAAUUUGGCAGACCUGAUUCUACCAAUUAGCAGCUCAACAAGAUCUUCAGCUGUUGAUUGAGGUGUGCUUUUGUUAGGGUUGGAGAUAGAUCUCUAGGAACCGGGUUGGGCAGCCCUGUCUUAGACCUUACACAUUUGUCUACAUUUGUGUUGUCUUUGUUUUCUGUAUGCACCCCAUGUCUACAGGGUCAAAAAUGAUCUACCCAUGCCAGACUCCCUGUGAUAAAGCCUCCUUCAUUGAAUUUUAAACCCUCAAUCAAUAUUUUCCAUGUCACAUCAAUAAAUCAAUGAAUAACUGUU